AGCCCAGGCAGGCUGGGGGAGGGACGACAGCGGCGCCGAGGAGAAUGAAUAAUUGAAGUAGAGGGGAGGAGGAAGAAGAGGAGGAAGAGGAGGAGGCGGGAGCCACCCGGUGGGGUCCUCCCCACUCCGCACCCCACCCCCUCCGCCUCCCGGAAGUCGCUCCCCGCCUCCUGCUCCGCCAACAUGGCCGCGAAGUCUGAUGGAGCGGCGGCUGCGGCCGGCCCGGGGCCGGAGGGGGCGUCCGGAGGAGCCCGGGGCAGUACGGGCGGGCGCGGGGAGGCGGCGGCAGCGGCUGGGGGCCCGGGAGUGACCGGGGAGGGAGGGUCGGGACCGCGCUACGAGCUGCGGGACUGCUGCUGGGUCCUGUGCGCGCUGCUUGUGUUCUUCUCCGACGGCGCCACGGACCUGUGGCUGGCGGCCUCCUACUACCUGCACGGUCAGCAUACCUACUUCGUCCUCACGUUGCUGUUCGUGCUCCUGCCCUCGCUUGUAGUGCAGCUGCUCAGCUUCCGCUGGUUCGUGUACGACUACACGGAGCCCGCGGGGGCCCCGGGACCCGCCGUCAGCACCAAGGACAGCGGCACCGGCGGGCCCUCCAUCAGCACCAAGGACAGCCCCGUCGCCUUCCGGACCAAAGAAGGCAGUCCCGAGCUGGGUCCCCGGCCCGCGCCCUCCUCGGCCAGCGCCUACCGCCGCCGCUGCUGCCGCCUCUGCGUCUGGCUGCUGCAGACCUUCGUCCACCUCCUGCAGCUCGGCCAGGUCUGGAGGUACCUGCGCGCCAUGUACCUGGGACUACAGAGCCGCUGGCGCGGGGAGCGGCUGCGGCGCCACUUCUACUGGCGGAUGCUGUUCGAGAGCGCCGACGUGAGCAUGCUGCGCCUGCUGGAGACCUUCCUGCGCAGCGCGCCGCAGCUCGUGCUGCAGCUCAGUCUCUUGGUGCACCGAGGCGGCUAUCCCGACCUACUGCUCGCCCUCUCCACCUCCGCUUCACUCGUGUCCCUGGCCUGGACGCUGGCCUCCUACCAGAAGGUGCUGCGGGACUCACGGGAUGACAAGCGGCCGCUGUCCUACAAGGGCGCCGUGGUGCAGGUGCUGUGGCACCUGUUCACUAUUGCGGCCCGCAGCCUGGCCUUCGCGCUCUUCGCCAGCGUCUACAAGCUCUACUUCGGCAUCUUCAUUGUGGCUCACUGGUGUAUCAUGACCUUCUGGGUCAUCCAGGGCGAGACGGACUUCUGCAUGUCCAAGUGGGAGGAGAUCAUCUACAACAUGGUGGUGGGCAUCAUCUAUAUCUUCUGCUGGUUCAAUGUCAAGGAGGGCCGCAGCCGCCGCCGCAUGACCCUCUACUACUGCAUCGUCCUGCUGGAGAACGCAGCACUCACCGGCUUCUGGUACUCCAGCCGCAAUUUCUCCACCGACUUCCACUCGCUCAUCCUGGUCUGUGUGGUGGCAUCCAGCUUCGCGCUGGGCAUAUUCUUCAUGUGUGUCUACUACUGUCUCCUGCACCCCAAUGGGCCCAUGCUGGGUCCCCAGGCACCUGGCUGCAUCUGCCCUGAGUCCGCAGAGCCCUGUGGCCCACCAGCCGACGCUGUCACAAGUCCCCCGAGGUCCCUGCCAAGGACUACAGGCGCUGAGCGGGAUGGGGCCUCAGUGGGGGGAGAGCGUGCAGGGACCCCCACACCACCUGUCUUCCAGGUGCGGCCUGGCCUGCCUCCCACGCCAGUGGCCCGCACCAUUCGGACAGAGGGGCCUGUCAUUCGGAUUGACCUGCCUCGUAAGAAGUACCCCGCGUGGGAUGCUCAUUUUAUUGACCGCCGGCUCCGGAAGACCAUUCUGGCGCUGGAAUACUCCUCGCCUGUCACGCCCCGGUUACAGUACCGGAGCGUGGGGACCUCCCAGGAGCUGCUGGAGUAUGAGACCACAGUAUAGGCCACAGUCUCUCCCCCAAAAGGGGUGGGCUUUGCAAGCCUCACAUCAACCACAGUUUUGAGCCUGGAAUUUCAGGGUCACCAGGCUAAGGGGGGACUGGAUCUGGAUCUGUUGGUCCAAAGGUAGAUUGGCCCCAUUGGGUUCUUUCAGGGGAGCGGGCAGCCUUGUGGAGGCCCCAGCCCGAGGCCCUGUUUUCAGCCCUGUGGCCCAUUUCGUAACCCCUCCUUGAACCAGGGCCUGGGUACUCAACUGGUGCUACACUCCUCCUGAGCCACCUGUCCCUCUUUCAUGAAGGCCUCCAUUACCACUUCUGGUGCUGGGGACACCACACCCUCUCCCCUGCCUGGAGUUGCACACGUGUCACCCCUGGCGGGCCUGUCAGAGCAGGAGCAUUGUCUGGGAUCCAUGACUGAGGAGGCCCUGUGCCCCUGAGGGGCUGGUGGGGGUGGGCUGCCUUUGCGGUGGGAGGAGAUCUCUGAGGAUGGGGAAGGCUAUGGAAGAUGUGAGGUGUGAGGUUGGAGCAUCUGGCAGACAAGUGGGUACAGUUCCUGUGGGGUCCAAGGUCAGGAGCCUGGGCAAGAGUGGGA